AUGGAUUCACGUACCAUGGCUUGCAAUCAGCGAACGAAGAUCAAGAUCGUUUUCGGUGCUAUGACCGUUGGUCAAGCUGGAAUGGAUGGGUGUCACCAGACAACAGCUGAGCAAAUCGAGGAAAUUCUGGACGUCUUUCAACGACACGGACACAGCGAAGUUGACACUUCCCGUGCGUAUGCAAACGGUACCUCCGAAGAUCUUCUUGGACAAAGCCAUUGGCAGCGACGAGGUUUGCAAAUGCAGACAAAAAUCUACCCAACUGCAAAUAUGAGUCAAGACGGUUACACCUUCAGCGCGAAUGAUUUGCGUCUGGCAUUGACACGCAGCCUUGAGGCAUUACAAACCGACAAGAUUGACUUAUGGUACUUGCACGCGCCGGACCGCAACACCCCUCUUGAGGUCAGCAUGCGCGAAGUCGACAAGUUAUAUCGGGAGGGCAAGUUUGCUCGUCUGGGCAUCAGCAACUUCAUGUCAUGGGAGGUUGCGCAGAUGUGUGAAAUUUGCGACCGUCACGGCUGGGUCAGACCAUCAGUCUAUCAGGGUGUCUACAAUCCACUUCACCGGGCGAUUGAGACCGAGCUGCUCCCAUGCUUGCGACACUAUGGAAUUUCACUAUAUGCCUUUCAACCACUCGCUGGUGGGCUACUGAGCGGUCGUUACACCUAUGAGAUGACAUCUUUCGAGGCUGGCUCACGAUAUGACCCUAACAACAAGCAGAGUCUGUCCAUGAAUGCGCGCUAUUGGGACAAGACGACGUUUGAAGCCUUAGAGAUCAUCCGGGCGGCUGCUCAACGUCAUGAUCUUACCCUGCCUCAAUGCACUUUUCGUUGGCUAGCGCACCAUUCGGCCUUGAAGGAUGAGCACGGCGACGCGUUGCUGGUUGGAGCAAGCAGAACCGAGCAAUUGGAGGGCAACUUGGCAUAUCUGGAAGAGGAUUCCCUUCCCGGCGAUGUUGUACAAGCGAUGGAGAAGGCAUGGCAGCACAUUGCGGCGCCUGCUCGAAAAUAUUGGCAUUGA